AUGCUAAUCGGGCACAGCGCGGGUCCGAGCGGCGGACAACGCCGCCUGUCCAGACAAGGAACUGUUUCCCUUUGCCGCGAAAAUCCAUGGAAAUACAUGGAAAUUGAUGGAAAACUAUGGAAAUGCAAGAUGGAGGUACAAGGCCCUGGCGAAGGCAGUGGUGGCGGACGCAGUAUAUCCGCCAGCGAAGGGCGGUGCAUGAGCCAGCAGGCAAUGAUGUCUUUAUAUGAAAUGCGACAGAACAAUCUUCUAUGCGAUGCCGUUAUUCGGGUUGACGAUGGAACGUGCUUUCCGGUACACCGCGCCAUUUUGUGUGCCUGCUCCAGCUAUUUUCGAGCUUUGUUCACAACAUCUCUUAAUAACGAACGAACCGACGUCACUUUGUCUGGUCUGAGAGCUCAAGUUGUAAGUCAAAUAAUCGAGUAUUCGUACCUGCGCCGUGUCGACGUCGGGUCCGAGGCAGUGCACGAACUUCUGGUCGCCGCUGACUACCUCGGCGUCCUGGGUGUGCUGAAGCUAUGCUGCGACCUGCUUCAGGCCGGCCUCAAACCGGACAAUUGCAUCGGCGUUAUGAGAUUCGCGAGAGCAAGGUUUUGCCAUGAUCUCGAAUUAGCAGCUCGCGCUUACUUGAUGCGACAUUUCGUGACUGUAGCCACACAAAGCGAUGAAAUCUUGGGAUUACCUCUGAAAGACUUAGAAGCUAUAGUUAGCGACGAUGAACUCAACGUCAAGAAUGAAGAAGUGGUCUGGGAAUGCGUUUUAAGGUGGAUAAACUUUGAUCCAGAAACUCGAAAGCAGCACGUCGUAACAUUGAUGAAAGCGAUUAGAUUGGGUCUUUUGGAUACUCGAUACUUCAUGGAACAUGUGAAAGAACACCCAUUUGUUGUUAACAACGACGAGUCGAAACCGGUAAUUAUAGAGACCUUAACAUUUUUAUAUGAUCUUGAUGUAAUGACCACGAGGGAUGGCGAGAUAUUAACACCAGGCAUUGCACUACCACGAGUUCCUCAUGAAAUUUUGUUCGCCAUCGGCGGUUGGAGUGGAGGAUCUCCGACGAAUUAUAUCGAGACAUAUGACACGCGGGCUGAUCGAUGGGUCAGGGUCGAAGAAGUUGAUCCAGCAGGCCCGAGAGCUUAUCAUGGUACAGCGGUUGUAAACACAAAUAUUUACGUAAUUGGAGGAUUCGAUGGAAUGGACUACUUCAAUUCAUGUAGAUGCUUUGACGCAGUCACAAAACAGUGGAAAGAGGUUGCGCCUAUGAACGCUCGGCGGUGCUACGUCUCCGUGGCGGUGUUGAACGACAUGGUGUACGCAAUGGGCGGCUUCGACGGACACCACAGACAGAACACGGCCGAGAGGUACGACCACCGUACCAACCAGUGGUCGCUGAUCGCCUCAAUGAUUAUGCAAAGAUCGGAUGCCAGUGCCUGCACGCUCGACAGUAAAAUAUACAUCACCGGAGGCUUUAACGGUCAAGAAUGCAUGAACACUGCAGAAGUGUAUGAUCCUGACACAAACCAAUGGACACUUCUGCCCAACAUGAGAACUAGACGUUCUGGCGUGAGCUGCAUCUCUUACCAUGGGCAGGUGUAUGUUAUUGGCGGCUUCAAUGGAAUGUCUCGGAUGAGCAGCGGGGAGCGGUACAACCCGGCCAGCAAUACAUGGAGCAACAUCAGGGAGAUGUAUCACCCGAGGAGCAAUUUUGCCAUCGAGGUGAUCGACGACAUGAUAUUUGUCAUUGGAGGAUUCAAUGGGGUCACUACUAUCUACCACGUAGAGUGCUACGAGGAAAAGACCAACGAAUGGUAUGAGGCCACAGAUAUGAGUAUUUUUCGAUCUGCCCUAUCGGCAAGUGUCAUCAUGGGUCUACCUAAUGUUCGUGAUUAUAUUCAUCAAAAUCGAGAGAGGCUGAUGGAAGAGCGAAGACAGCGCAUGAUUGCAGGAAUGAUAUUGAAAUAUUUUGCAUCAGGUGAUCGUUUGCGGGCCGAGCAGGGAAAUAAUGGGCCGAAUCCGCCGCCGCUGCCCGCACCACCAACUCGCGGCAAUCCACCCAUUCUACAGAUCGACUUGAAUGCACUUCAAGCUGCCGCCGAUCACGAUGACCCAAUGGAUCAAGACAACAUAGAAAAUGGCCAUUUAUUAGAUGAUGACAAUAUGUAA